GGAAGGAAGCUAGCAGCGGCUAAUCACGAGCUGCAAUGACCCCUGGCGCCAACUGCAGCGUUUCGUAUCCAACUUUACUGAUAGUGUAAACAAGAAACAUAAACCAGGACAGCAGCAGCAGCCUCUCUUCUGCCGGGUUCAGCCAGAGGAAACAAGGAAGUGGAUAGCUGAGUGACUUCCAGUUGUUUUCAGUCCCGUUGGUUUCUUUCUGGUGUCUCCUCGCGGCGUGGUUCCUUUGAGUCCUGAGAGAGAGGAAAGUUAGUUUCUGCUGUUUGUGAAGGGUGAAGAGAAAGUUGCUCAGAUGUUGACCGUGGAUUUCCCAGAGUGAGGACCCGUCUCAGACUGUGACAUGCUAUCUCUCAGUGCCAGACCUCCUCUGUCCUGACACAGGGAGUUUUACAAGCAGGAUCCUGUCCGUCUACCUCAACACACGUGGAGUCCGCUCCUGCUGCUCUACCUCUUAGGAGGUCGUUUUUCUACCUCAGACACGGACGCACGUUGCUGUUAUCAGCCGCCUCAGAAGCACCAACAGACCUAUUACUUUAUCAGCAGGCUUUCAGGUGUAACAGAGCACAGUCAACUGGCUUCUUCCUGCUCAGCCACCGGGGGGAAAGACGCACUAAGCAGCAAUGCUACACAGCGGUUUGUGAUGUCCGAGCCCUGCAACGGACCAGGACCAAGACUAGGACUUGAACCUGAAGCGGUGGAGAGGGAAGGACAGGUGAGGCGAAAUCAAAGAGGCGUUCCCCUGUUUGUGGUUGGCUCUGAAGAUGAGGAGCAAGACAUGGGCCAAAUGGAGGCAGGCAUGAAGAACGAGAUGUUUCGAGAAGAGGACAUGGAGGAUGAUGAGGAUGAGUCGCCUCCCGAGCGACAGAUCGUGGUGGGCAUCUGCGCCAUGAUGAAGAAGUCCAAAUCCAAGCCCAUGACUCAGAUCCUGGAGCGCCUCUGCAAGUUCGACUACAUCAACGUGGUCAUCUUUCCCGAGGAGGUGAUCCUGGAGGAACCCGUGGAGAACUGGCCUCUCUGCGACUGCCUCAUUUCCUUUCACUCCAAAGGUUUCCCUCUGGACAAAGCCGUGGAGUACGCCAAGCUGAGGAACCCUCUGCUCAUCAAUGACCUCAACAUGCAGUAUUUCAUACAGGACAGGAGGGAAGUGUACCGGAUCCUGCAGGAGGAGGGCAUCGACCUACCUCGUUAUGGGGUGUUGAACCGAGACCCUGACAAUCCUGAGGAGUGUAACCUGGUGGAGGCGGAGGACCACGUUGAGGUUAACGGGGAGGUUUUUCCAAAACCCUUUGUGGAGAAACCUGUGUGUGCUGAGGACCACAACGUCUACAUCUAUUACCCAACAUCUGCCGGAGGAGGCAGCCAGAGACUCUUUAGGAAGAUUGGGAGCCGUAGCAGCGUCUAUUCCCCAGAGAGCAGCGUACGAAAGACCGGAUCCUACAUCUAUGAGGAGUUUAUGCCCACAGAUGGCACUGAUGUGAAGGUUUACACAGUGGGUCCAGACUACGCCCACGCAGAGGCCCGGAAAUCUCCUGCCCUGGAUGGUAAGGUGGAGAGGGACAGUGAGGGGAAAGAGAUCCGCUACCCUGUCAUGCUGACGGCCAUGGAGAAACUGGUGGCCCGCAAAGUCUGCCUGGCCUUCAAGCAAACAGUGUGUGGGUUCGACCUGCUCAGAGCCAACGGUCACUCCUACGUCUGUGAUGUUAACGGCUUCAGCUUCGUCAAGAACUCCAUGAAGUACUACGAUGACUGUGCCAAAGUCCUGGGGAACAUGGUGAUGAGGGAGCUAGCUCCCCAGUUCCACAUCCCCUGGUCCAUUCCCAUGGAAGCUGAAGACAUCCCCAUCGUCCCUACAACCUCAGGAACCAUGAUGGAGCUGCGCUGUGUUAUUGCCAUCAUCCGCCAUGGAGACCGCACACCCAAGCAGAAGAUGAAGAUGGAGGUCCGACAUCCUCUAUUCUUUGAGUUGUUUGAGAAGUACGGAGGCUACAAGUCCGGAAAGCUCAAGCUGAAGAAGCCAAAGCAGCUCCAGGAAGUGCUGGAUAUCGCCCGCCUGCUGCUGGUUGAACUGGGCCAGCACAAUGACUGUGAGAUCGAGGAAAAGAAAUCUAAACUGGCGCAACUCAAGACGGUCCUCGAGAUGUACGGUCAUUUCUCAGGUAUCAACAGGAAAGUCCAGCUGACCUACCUGCGUAACGGCCAACCCAAAGCAUCAAGUGAGGAAGAAGACUGCAAGAAGGACGGUCCGUCUCUGCUGCUUGUGUUGAAGUGGGGCGGUGAGCUGACGCCUGCAGGCCGGGUUCAGGCUGAGGAGCUGGGGAGAGCCUUUCGUUGCAUGUACCCUGGAGGUCAAGGUGACUAUGCUGGGUUUCCAGGAUGUGGCCUCCUGCGCCUACACAGCACCUACCGCCACGACCUCAAGAUUUACGCUUCUGAUGAAGGCAGGGUACAGAUGACAGCAGCUGCUUUUGCAAAGGGUUUGCUGGCUCUGGAAGGGGAAUUGACACCAAUCCUGGUCCAGAUGGUGAAAAGCGCCAACAUGAACGGACUGCUGGACAGCGACAGUGACUCUCUGACCGACUGCCAGCAGAAAGUAAAGGCUGGGCUGCAUGAGAUCAUGCAGAGGGACCAGGAGUUCACUGAGGAGGACUAUCAGAAGUUGGCACCAACUGGCAGCCCGUCUUUGGUGAACUCAAUGAAAGUCAUCCAGAAUCCAGUCAAAACCUGCGACAAGGUGUACACCCUCAUCCAGAGUCUCAACUCACAGAUCCGCAAGAGGCUGGAGGACCCGAAGUCUGCAGACCUUCAGCUCUACCACAGCGAGACGUUGGAGCUGAUGCUGCAGCGCUGGUCCAAACUGGAGAGAGACUUUCGCAUGAAGAACGGCCGCUACGACAUCAGCAAGAUCCCGGACAUCUACGACUGCAUCAAAUACGACUCGCAGCACAACGCCUCGCUCGGGCUGGAGGAUACGCUGGAGCUGUUCAGACUGUCCCGCGCCCUCGCUGACAUCGUCAUACCACAGGAGUAUGGCAUCACCAAAGCAGAGAAACUGGACAUCGCACAAGCUUACUGCGUCCCUCUGAUGAAGAAAAUCCAGCUUGACCUGCAGAGGACUCACGAGGACGAGGCCGUCAACAAGCUGCACCCCCUGUAUUCUCGUGGUGUGAUGUCUCCUGGUCGUCACGUCCGCACACGUCUCUACUUCACCAGCGAGAGCCACGUUCACUCGCUGCUCAGUAUCUUCCGCUACGGAGGCCUGUUGAAUGAGGAGAAAGACCAGCAGUGGAAACAGGCAAUGGACUACCUGAGUGCUGUGUCUGAACUCAACUACAUGACCCAGAUAGUCAUUAUGCUCUAUGAAGACAACAACAAGGACCCGUCCUCAGAGGAGCGUUUCCACGUCGAGCUUCACUUCAGUCCUGGAGUCAAAGGCUGUGAAGAUGAGGAGAACAUCCCUCUUGGUUUUGGCUUCCGCCCAGCUUCAUCUGAGAAUGAAGACAAAAAGCCCAACCAGGGCAGCCUGGAGGACCUCUGCCAGGACCAGACAGACCAGGCGAGUCACAUCUCUGAGCCAAUCAACAUCCAGAGAAGGUCCCCCAUGAUCCGCAACCGCAAGACAGGCUCCAUGGAGGUCCUCUCUGAGACCUCCCCCACCCAGUCCUCCAAAGGCUGCACCUCCCACCGACUCUUCCCCUCUGUGUCGCGCCAGUCUCCUGAGAUCAAACCAACCAGUGGCCUAGGCUCGCUCUGCUCUGGGCUCUUCAGUGCCUCCGCCCUUGGGGUGUCCUGUAGCGCCCCCAACCUGCGGGAUUACGUCCGCACGCACCACCACCACCUCCACCGAAAGCCGCCUCUGUCCCCCGGCAGUCUGCCGUGCCAGAUCGGCAUGUUUGAGCUGUUCUCUAUGCCGCCAGUAAAGAGAUUUUCUGUGUCGUUUGCCAGGCAUCCGACCAAUGGGUUCGAAGGCUGCUCCAUGGUGCCCUCCAUCUACCCGCUGGAGACGCUGCACAACUUGCUGUCACUGAAGCAAGUGGACGAGUUCCUCAACGCGGUGUGUGAGAGCAGCAGCGAGGCCCACGCCAAAACAAUGAAAGCUCUCUCCAGCCUGUUUGACUCUCAGAGCCAGACGUCUCUAUACAGCCCUCAGCAGCCUCUGUCCUCAUCUGGGUCUGAGACAUCUCUACGGCCUCCGAGCCAGCCCAUGUGGCAUGGCAGUAUCCCCUCCAGUGCUGUGUCCAGUGCCGGCCCCUCCUCCCCGAUCACAGAGAGCUCGGGCUUGAACUUCAGCUUCAGUGAGUAAGACAGUCAGCCUGAAAAACACAAGGACUUCUGGGUAUAAAAGGGCUCCUUCUCAUGACUUUCAGUUGGUCUGUCUCUCCCUGCUUUGAUUCAUCUUUUCCUCCUGCUCACAUUCACAAAAAAAGAGUCACUUGUGGAGGAGAGAUUCAGAUUCAGGAGAGAGAGAGGCCGCUCUGCCUCAGUUGUUAUGAAACACUCAGACUGUAAAUACUACCACUCAAACUGUGCAUGGACUCUUCUGGGCGGCACAGCUACGACUCCGAAUGUCUGAUCACCGAGAAAAAGAAAUAAAGAAGAAACACGUUGGAGCUUCAGCUGUUCAAAAUACUCUCUGCCUUCCUCAUCACUGUGCCCAAACAUCCACUAACCAGCCUCACCGACUGAGCAACCGUGCAUCAAGCCAACAUCCACACCAGUUGUGCCUUUAGUUUAAUUAAGAUGCUGCCUACGCUGAAACUACAUCCGUGCCUGCUGUUUCUUCUUCUUCUUUCUUUUUUUUUUUCAGCCCAAAUGCUGUUUUACCAAAACGUCACGCACCAGCUGCCUCAGUCCCGACCUCAGGCAUGUACGGCUGAAAUACAUCACACCCUGGGAGUCAAAGUGUCAGCAGUUAUCGAUUUUAAUUUGUUUUCUUCACUUCAGUGCUGAAGCUGCGUCUCGGAAAGAAAUAGGAUGCAGUUCUUGUAAUUCAAGCUAAAUCUAAAGACACAUACACACUGCUGCUCUUGAGUUGUUCUCCAGCCACACAUAGAAAGUGAAACCGAAAAGUAGUUUGAUAUUUUGGACAAUGCACUUGUUUGCAUUUCCACCAGGAGUUAAAUCGACCUGCUGGACAUUCUGAUGCAGCCAGUUAGCUUAGGCCAAAGACUGGAAACAAGGGGAAACAGUUAACAGUCAAAAUAGUGCUUCAAAAGAACACACAAGGAGAAUUAAAACAACUUUAAUACAUGCUUUUAAAGGUCUUUUUCUGCUUCAAUCUUCCCUGCCUGGGUGCAGUAACGGACAAUUUUUAUUUCUAUACAUCAUUUACUUUAUAUGUUGUAUUUCAAAGAUAAAGAUAAAGAUUUGUCUUGUCUUCUGUAAGGUAGCUGUAUAGAUUCAGAAAACAUGGAGGGGAGGUAGGGGGGUACACAUGCACUUAAAGGUUAGGAGUAUCAGAGUCUAACCCAGGCAGAUGCUGCAUGCACUUUUCCCCCUGUCUCCUGCCUCCCUACCUGUUGUUGUUUCAAAUCCCAAAUUUGAUUUGAUAUUUUAAAUACAAAUCCCAAGUAGUGAUGAGUUGCCUGGAGCAGGUUUCUGUUACUGUAGGACAACAAAGACAGGCCAGCUUUCUCCCCAUUUCUCCUGCUAGUGCUAAGCUAACAGGCUGCUGGAUUUAGCUUCAUAUUCAGACCUUGAUAGGUCGCUGAUAGCAUGUGUAACUAUUCCUUUAACUAUUAAACUGCUGAGGUCAUCACAGAGGUAAAGAACGGAGCUUCUUCUGGGGCCAUUCUGAAUGUAAAUCAAACUUUGAUCCAAAAAAAAAAA